AUGUGCUCCUACACAUACUCGUGGUAUUACUGUAACCACGAUUACUACAUCUGGGCCAACAGCAUCGAAGUCUGCUCCUCGCGCCUCCUCUCCGGCUACUCCUACGACGCCUGGUCCAUCGACAUGUGUUCCAAGAUGAAGAUCGAAUGCGGCGGCUUCUCGAAUUACUACUGCACAGACUGUUCAGAAGAUGUGGCGUUGGAGUUUGAGUUGGAUGAACUGUAG